UUUGUAUCAUUAAAAUGUAUAUAUCAUUAAAUAAAUUAAUUUUUAUCUAUUUUCAUUUAUCCUAUACUUCAAAUAUUAUCUUGUGCCCUUCUUUCAAUUUUUUCCGAAAAUUUCAUCAGUAUCUGUUAGGAUCUACUUCUUACUUCAAGGCAAGAAACAGAUCCUUGGACAGCCCCCAUUUGGACAGCCUUAAUUAUUAUAUGGUUAACCUUAGUAUCUUUCAUUGGAGAGGUUAGCUAUGAGGAAUUUAAUAAAUCUAUUAUUGAACGGAUUGCCAAUUUGAGAGUCGGUUAUGUUUUGCCUAUGAAUUGUCCCUAUUUCAUUGUUUUGUGUUUCUUUUUUUUGUUUGCUUAUACUUUUUUAAUACAUAUAUUCAUGUAUAUACAUAUUAUGUCUAUAUACACAUAUAUUUAUUAUUGAUGUUUUGCUGUGCCCACGUAGAGUUUAUUGACAGCCAUCAUAGAGGGAAAAAAUCUUUUUGUCAUAAGUGUUUCAUCUUUUCGCAACAAUAUACAAGUCUCGACUUUCUUUUUCU